CUUGGAGACUUCCAAAAGCUACUGGCACUGCACCGUGAGACCCUGAUCCCUGAGCUAAACUCAUCUGAUUCGACAGCAAGCUUUGCUGAGAGCAUAGAUCGAUUUCUGAGGAAAAUGGACUCAGACUUUCCACUGGCCUUCAAGAAGGAACUCACCUGUGCCAUUUGCCUGGACUACCUGGUAGACCCUGUCACCAUAGGCUGUGGGCACAGCUUCUGUAGACCCUGUCUCUGCCUUUCCUGGGAAGGAGACCGAAAUCCUGCCAAUUGCCCUGCAUGCGGGGAACCAUCACACCAAAAGGACUUCAAAACUGAUAUUCUUCUGAAGAAUUUAGUGACCAUUGCCAGAAAAGCCUGUCUCUGGCAGUUCCUGAGCUCUGAGAAACAAAUAUGUGGGACCCACAGAGAAAUAAAGAAGAUGUUCUGUGACACGGACAAGAGCCUGCUCUGCUCGCUGUGCUGUGACUCUCAGAAGCACAGGGCUCACAAACACUGUCCCAUUGAAGGGGCAGCUGAAGAAUGCCGGGAGAAGCUCUUAAAGCAAAUGAGGAUUUUAUGGGAAAAGAUUCAAGAAAAUCAGAGAAAUCUAAAUGAGGAGAGAAAAAGAAUCACCCUCUGGAGGGGCUAUGUGUAUGUCCGGGCACUGAUGACCAGGGAUGAGUAUAGAAAGCAACAUCCAGUUCUCCAUAAGGAAGAAAAACAACAUUUAGAGAGACUGUACAAGGCACACAAAGAGAUAUUUCCGCAACUCCGGAGAAGUUGGAUCGACAAGUAUCAAAAGAAGAAACACUUGAAAGAAAUGUAUCAGGAACUAAUGGAAAUGUGUCAUAAACCAGAUGUGGAGCUGCUCCAGGAUUUGGGAGACAUCAUGACAAGGAGCGAGUCCGUGCUGCUGAGCAUGCCCCAGCCUGUGAAUCCAGAGCUCACUGCAGGGCCCAUCACUGGACUGGUGCACAGGCUCAACCGCUUCCGAGUGGAAAUUUCCUUCGAUUAUGAAGUAAGCAAUCACAUUAUCAGGCUGUUUGAUGAUGUGAGAAGCUGGAUGAGUAGAGCUAACCGGGAAGGUAGAUCUUUGAAUUCUGACAGACCUGACUACUUUGCUGCAUGGGGAGCCCGGGACUUCUCCUCUGGGAAACACUACUGGGAGCUGGAUGUGGAUGACUCUUGGGACUGGGCUCUGGGAGUCUGCAAGGACUCCUGGAUAAGGAAGAAUGGCACCAUGAUUACAUCUGAGGACAUAUUUCUUCUUAUAUGUGUGAAGGUGGAUCAUCAUUUCCGUCUCUUGACCACCUCUCCAAUGCUUCCUCACUAUGUAGAGAAGCCUCUGGGCCGGGUUGGUGUGUUUCUGGAUUUUGAGAGUGGAAGUGUGAGUUUUUUGAAUGUCGCCAAGAGUUCCCUCAUAUGGAGCUACCCGGCUGGCUCCUUAAAUUUCCCUGUCAGGCCUUUCUUUUACACUGGCCACAGAUGAUCAGGAUGAAGAAACUGACUGUUUGGGAACUGCAUGUACAAGGGAGCCCUUCACUGUUGAGGCAAAGGAAUCAUACUGUUCAGGCUUUUUUUCUGCUUUAGUGUUACCUCAUUUCAUUGCUAUUAAAUAAAAAAUAUGUAAAAUGCAAAACAUUAUUGCACGCUUUCUUACAAUUAAAAUAAUCUCUUAUGGCCCAUUA